GUUCUCCACGAGCUAGUGAUAGAAACUCCAACCAGAAGAGGAAGACAAGGGGUGGUUCUACUCGCCUUCUUCAGUUCCCGCUCAAUCCUUAUCGACUGGUCUGUGAUGUCAGAUGGAUUUUCCGAAUAUUGGUGCUUCAACUUUUAGUUGUGUGGAAGCUAAAGCUGAGCGGCAGAGAUGAUGGCAGCUGGAGCCAUUUCAGCCUGUUUUCCUACUUUGAAGGGUACUGACUAUGGUUUAAGCUUUGCAAGAACCGUGGAUUUUGCGGAGAUUACAUCUGUUCCGAAUUUCAAGAAGAAGCCAAGACGUAUAAAAAACAGGGUCUUGGUGAUUAGAAAUUUGAGUUCUGGGCCAGACACGGUUGAGCUGCGGCCUGCUCCUGAUGGAAGUCCUCUCUUAGUGCCUCGGCAAAAGUACUGUGAAUCUGUUCAUAAGACUGUCCGGCGAAAAACUAGAACUGUGAUGGUGGGAAAUGUGGCCCUUGGCAGUGAACAUCCCAUUCGUAUACAAACAAUGACUACUUCUGAUACCAAGGAUGUGGCCAAAACUGUGGAAGAGGUAAUGAGGAUAGCUGAUAAAGGAGCAGAUAUUGUCCGGAUAACAGUUCAAGGAAAGAGAGAAGCUGAUGCUUGCUUUGACAUAAAGAAUUCUCUUGUUCAAAAAGACUACAAUAUUCCUUUAGUAGCAGACAUACAUUUUGCACCUUCUGUUGCAUUGAGAGUGGCUGAAUGUUUUGAUAAAAUCCGGGUCAAUCCUGGGAAUUUUGCUGAUAGGCGAGCACAAUUUGUAAAACUAGAGUAUUCUGAAGAAGAUUAUCAGAAAGAACUUGAACAUAUUGAAGAGGUCCUCUCUCCAUUGGUUGAGAAAUGCAAGAAAUUUGGCCGGGCAAUGCGUAUUGGUACAAAUCAUGGAAGUCUUUCUGAUCGUAUAAUGAGCUAUUAUGGUGAUUCUCCUAGGGGAAUGGUAGAGUCCGCAAUGGAGUUUGCAAGGAUAUGCCGAAAGUUAGAUUUCCACAAUUUCGUCUUCUCAAUGAAGGCGAGUAACCCGGUGAUCAUGGUUCAAGCGUAUCGUUUACUUGUAGCAGAAAUGUAUGUUCAAGGUUGGGAUUACCCCCUCCACCUUGGGGUAACUGAAGCUGGUGAAGGUGAGGAUGGACGAAUGAAAUCUGCAAUUGGUAUUGGAACUCUGCUUCAGGAUGGUUUGGGGGAUACUAUUAGGGUAUCUCUUACCGAGCCACCUGAAGAAGAGAUUGAUCCUUGUAGGAAAUUGGCAAGCCUAGGCAUGAGGGCUGCGAACAUUCAAAAGGGAGUGGCCCCUUUUGAAGAGAAGAACAGACGUUAUUUUGAUUUCCAAAGACGAAGUGGUCAGCUACCAGUUCAGAAGGAGGGUGAAGAGGUGGAUUAUCGAGGGGUUCUGCAUCGUGAUGGCUCCGUUCUGAUGUCGGUCUCCUUAGAUAAGCUCAGAACACCAGAACUUCUCUACCGGUCGCUUGCAGCAAAGCUUGUAGUUGGCAUGCCAUUCAAGGAUCUCGCAACGGUAGACUCCAUUCUCUUGAGUGAGCUUCCUUCUAUUGAUGAUACUGAUGCUAGGUUAGCUCUUAAAAGGCUGAUCGACAUAAGCAUGGGAAUUUUGGUUCCCUUGUCAGAACAACUUACAAGACCUCUUCAGAAUGCCAUUGUUCUUGUAAAUCUGAAGGAACUUUCAACUGGUGCUUACAAACUAUUACCAGAAGGUACAAGGCUAGCAGUAACUGUUCGUGGAGAUGAGCGAUAUCAUGAAUUAGAUAUCCUAAAGAAUGUUGUCGACGUCACUAUGUUGCUACACUGUCUUCCAUAUGGUGAGGAGAAGGUUGGCAGGGUUCAUGCUUCUCGGAGAUUGUUUGAAUAUUUACAAGAAAACUCCCUGAACUUCCCUGUAAUUCACCAUUUACAGUUCCCAGAUGGAACAGCGAGAGAUGACCUAGUAAUUGGUUGUGGAAGCGAAGCUGGUACUUUAUUGGUGGAUGGUCUUGGCGAUGGCAUACUUAUCGAGGCUCAAGGCCUUGAUUUUGAUUUUUUGAGAGAUACAUCUUUUAACUUGCUUCAAGGUUGCAGGAUGCGCAAUACAAAAACUGAAUAUGUGUCAUGCCCCUCUUGCGGGCGUACACUCUUCGACCUUCAAGAUGUUAGUGCUCAGAUAAGAGAGAGGACCUCCCAUUUACCUGGUGUUUCUAUUGCUAUCAUGGGUUGCAUUGUUAAUGGGCCUGGGGAGAUGGCUGAUGCUGACUUUGGAUAUGUAGGUGGCGCUCCGGGAAAGAUUGACCUUUAUGUUGGAAAGACCGUUGUAAAGAGAGGAAUCGCCAUGGAAGGUGCAACUGAAGCCUUGAUACAGCUCAUUAAAGACCACGGUCGUUGGGUGGAUCCGCCUGCAGAAGAAUAGAAAUUCUUCCAGUCGAAUCGCACUCCUGCUACAGAAGAAUUACAUGCCAUUAUUUCUUAACGCUGUUAUUAUACAAUGCAGAAUCCGGUUGUCAUAUUCA